CUGCUCAAUGGCCAUAAGCGCCGAGCACAGGCCUAAAUUUUGCAGCUCUUCACAUACGAGUGAAAGAUUCACGAGAGGGACGUUAAACAAUAUAAAACCCAUCAACAGACAACACCGGCCGAACACAGAAUAUUGAAUCAGAAGCACUAAUGAUAAGUUCUAAUCCGCCAUAGAGCAUAUCGAGAUUUCUUAUCUCCUGUCAAGUGACUGACUACUCGCGACAAAGAAAAGAAUGUUUAGGUGUGUGUCUUCUCUCGCGUUUCUUUGCCUUCUUCAGUGUUUAGGAAUCUUUACGACUUCUCCUACUUCUCCUGCCACCACCACCACGACACGACGACACAACCACCACCAUACCCGCCACCCACACACCACAAGGGAGCCCUUUGAAAAAGCCCAGGCCGUUUUCCAGUAUGACCACUAUAGCCACAUUAUGGUUUACAAGGAUGAACGUGCGACCUGUUACGUUUAUGCGGUUCACCCCGACGAUCGACAUCUCGUGCAUACAGAAAGUGGACUAUUUUCUCUUGAGGUAGAGGUUAUGAAAUUAGCUCUGAACGCCUCUGAACCCUAUCUACAUGAUGACCUAGAAGUGAGGAGUAAAAAGCUAUCCCUACUCUGCCCGCGGUCCUUUACUCUCAUCAGUCUCAACUGAGCAGAACCACGUGUUAUAUGAUUAUAUGUAAUAAAGCAAUAUACAACACGUCAUAUACUAUGCUA